AUGGCGUCCGGUUUGAGCAAGGCGUUGCUAUUGCUCAGCCUGGGGGUCCUCGGCUGGCGCUUGGGUCUUCCCUUCGCCCUCACCUCGGAUUUCAGGAAGUUGAAUUCGUCACAAGUCGGUGCAUCUGAUCCACCGUCAGACUUCUUGGAGCUGCUGCGCUGCAGCCCCAUGUGGGCAUGGCAUGCCGGAGAUGUGGACCGCUGGCGUAAGCUGCCCGAUGAUACCAAGGCAAAAGCUGUGCGAAUGUUGGGUUUCGAUCCGCUGGUAUCUAGGGUAGUGGUGAUGACAUACGCACACUCUUUCAUCCAGUGUCAAGUACGGACGCUGUCCGUAAGGGUGAAGGAUGAGUUGAGCGCAUUUUUUGGAAGGGAAGUGUCCCUGAAGGCGGGUGGGUCCUGCAGUCGAGCGACUGAGCUGCCAUCCAGCGACUAUGAUGUUUAUUUUGAUGUGCCUGGUGUAAAAGUUGAUGAAAGCCAGAGGGACGAGUUGCUCUCGUUUCUCCGCGCAGAGCUGAACUGCACGGCAGCCCUUUCGGAGCGCGCCAUUGCAAUCCAACUACACUUAAAGGAGAACUUAUUCUUUUCUCCAGGGGACAUCUUCCUCGACUUAGUGCCAAUGAGCGCCACAUACUUCGACCGGGACAAGGUAGAGUUCCCCCAUUUCUUUGGUUCCAACAACCGAUCGAAGAAUGAUGAAGACCUUGCGCGUUUUUACGACAGCUGUCCGGGCUACCGCACCAUCGUCCGCGAACUUAAAGCAUUCUUUAAAGCGGGGCUCCAACACGUCGGUUUGAACCUCCCAAGCUAUCUACUGGAGUAUUUGGUCAUGUGCGUAGCAGCACAAAGUAAGCCUAUUCUUGGCUCUGGCGACUGGGUCGCAGAAGUCUUCCAACUGUCAUGCAACACCCUUCGUGAGAUUGCUACAUUUCAAGCUUUUCCGGCACUGCCGUCAGCGACAAAGCUCUCGCCACUUCAAGACCUUUUGAAGGAUCUUGAGACUUUGGAGCCGCGACGCAGGCAAGGCAUAACGGAUGCAUGGCUCAAAAUGGCUGAGCUGGCACGCAAUGCGCGCUGGGCAAACCGCUGCUUGGUGCACCAUGUGUCUUUGCUCGUAUAUCAAUCCAGGUACAUCCAACGUCAUUGGAAGUCAUGA